UUUAUCUUUUUUUUUUUCUUUCCCUCUUUCUCUCUCUCUCUCUCUUUUCUUUUUUUUUCUCUCUUCUUUUCGACGUUAAUCGCCGUUUUCUUCAUAUUUGUCUAAUCUCAUAUUUGUGGGUGUGACAUAUCAAUAAAACAUAUAAAAAAAAAUUUAUAAAAUAGAAAAAACCGAAAACUUCGUAAUGUCUACUUCUCCUGUCGUUACUCCCGCUGAAGUUGCCCCCGUCCAGCAACUCUCAGCCGAACAGCAACAGCAAAUUGCUCAGGCCCAAGCCUCUGCUCCUGCUGGUACCAAUGCUGCUCCUUCUCCUUCUGCUUCCCUUUACGUUGGUGAACUCGAUCCCUCUGUUACUGAAGCUAUGCUCUUCGAGAUGUUCAACAUGAUUGGUCCUGUUGCCUCCAUCCGUGUCUGCCGUGAUGCUGUCACUCGUCGUAGCUUGGGUUAUGCCUACGUUAACUUCCACAACAUUGUAGAUGGUGAACGUGCUUUGGAAAGUCUCAACUACACUUUGAUUAAGGGUAAGCCUUGUCGUAUCAUGUGGUCUCAACGUGAUCCUUCUCUCCGUAAGACUGGCUCUGGCAAUGUCUUCAUCAAGAACCUCGAUCAAACCAUUGAUAACAAGGCUCUUCACGAUACCUUCUCUGCUUUUGGUAACAUCUUGUCCUGUAAGAUUGCUAUUGAUGAGAACGGUAACUCCAAGGGUUAUGGUUUUGUCCACUACGAAACUGAAGAAGCUGCUGACAAUGCUAUCAAGCAUGUCAACGGUAUGCUUUUGAAUGACAAGAAGGUUUAUGUCGGUCGCCAUGUCCCCAAGAAGGAACGUCAGGCUAAGAUUGAGCAAUACAGAGCCAAGUUCACCAACGUUUACGUCAAGAACUUGGAUGAAUCUGUCAACGACGACAAGUUGAGAGAAAUGUUUGGCAAGUAUGGUCCCAUCACUUCUGCUAUUGUCCAAGUUGAUGAAGAAAACAAGUCCAAGGGCUUCGGUUUUGUCAACUUUGAAAACCACGAAGAUGCUCAAAAGGCUGUUGAUGCUUUGAACGAAACCGAACAAGCUGAUGGCAAGAUCCUCUACGUUGCCCGUGCUCAAAAGAAGUCUGAACGUGAAGAAGAGCUCCGUAAGCAAUACGAACAAGCUAAGCUCGAAAAGCUUGCCAAGUACCAAGGUGUCAACUUGUACGUCAAGAACUUGGAUGAUGAUCUCGAUGACGAGAAGCUCCGUCAAGAAUUCUCUGUCUACGGUGUCAUCACCUCUGCCAAGGUCAUGACUGACGAAAAGGGUCAAUCCAAGGGCUUCGGCUUCGUUUGCUUCUCUUCCCCUGAUGAAGCCACCAAGGCUGUCACUGAAAUGAACGGUCGCAUGAUUGGUUCUAAGCCUAUCUACGUUGCUCUUGCCCAACGCAAGGAAGUCCGUCGCUCUCAAUUGGAAGCUCAAAUGGCUCAACGCAACCAAAUGCGUAUGCAACAAGGUAUGCCCAUGCCUGGUGCUUCUGGCUACAUGCCCGGCGCCCCCAUGUUCUACGCUCCUCCCGGUGGUUUCCUUCCCCAAGGUCAACGUCCCGUCUUCCCUCCUAAUGGUAUGAUGCCUCGUCCUCGUUGGGCUCCUCAACAAGGUCAACCCAUGCCUGGUUUCCCUCCUCAAGGUUUUGCUCCCAACAACAACAACAUGCGUCCUCCUCGUCAACCUCGUGCUCCUCGUGGUGGUGCUGCUGGUCAGCGCAAGUACGCUAACCAAGCUCGCCAGAACCCUGCUCAAGAACAAGCUUCUGCCGAAACCGCUGCAACUGCUCCUUUGACUGCUGCUGCUUUGGCUGCUGCCCCUGCUGAAGCUCAAAAGCAAAUGCUUGGUGAACGUCUUUAUCCUUUGAUCAACGCUCAACAACCCGAAUAUGCUGGUAAGAUUACCGGUAUGCUUUUGGAAAUGGAUAACGGUGAAUUGUUGAACCUUCUCGAAGACAACAAGGCUUUGGAUAGCAAGAUUGGUGAAGCCAUGGAAGUCCUUAAGGCCCACAUGUCUGAAGCCACUAAGGAAGAAGAAAAGGAAGCUUAAGUUUCUCGAUUUUUUUCUUUCUUGUCCUAAUUCAAUACAAUUUUUUUUAAUAAAGAAGAAGUAAAAAAGAAGACUCUAAUCCAUAAA